UUUUCAUUUAUUUAUAAUGCGGUUUUCAUUACGUAAUUUUUUGUACGUGGUACAGAAUUACUUCUUAAACAAAACAUUCCUUUUGUUUCUGAAUGCAUUUAUGUAUGAAUCAAAAUGAGUAUAAUUAUUAGGCCCAAUUACAAGCCGCAAGCGACUAGGUACUUAAGUAUUUUAUUAAAAUAUUUGGUUUCCAGAAACACACGUCGAGGAAUACAUAUAAUAUUAAAACUUCAAUACUUCCGGAUCAGGAAACAAUAAAAAGAUGUGAAGAAUUAGAGGCGCAAGAUGAUUUUGGAUACUUGUACGACUUAUAUGAUUCGAAUGAAACUUUUACGGAGAACGACGAAGAAUCGAUUACAACGCGAAGUGAGAAAGUAGUGCAGCUACAAAUGAAUUGGCAAGAGAAACUAGCUCAAUUUGAGAAGAUGAAACAUGAAUUAAACGAUCGGCAGAAUACUAUAUUGCAAGUAUAUGCAACACUUCGAGGAAUGCAACAGCAACUAUCCAAACUAGGGCAGAAGGCAUCGUUGCCAACAACGGAAAAUUUGAAAGUGAUGAAUGUUUCUAACAUGUCUCCAGCACAAUUGCUACAACUUUGCGAAGAAUCAAAACGGACAAAAGAUGAUAAUCUAUCAGCAAAGCAAGAACUUCCAAUCGAUAUUAAUAGAAUAAAUAAGAUUCCGAUGAAAUUAGUUACGACUUGUGAGCAAAUAUUAGCUCAUCAGCAAAGUUUAACGAGUUGGUUUAAAAACUUAAUGACCCAAGAAAAGGAGUGCAGCACAGGUUUACUAUCAAAGAAACUGAAGGAAUUUAACUCGGAAAAUGAAAUGCUUAAUGGUUUGCUGCACACUGGUCAAAACGAAUUUCUGAAAGAGUUUGGUGAAAUAAUGGAAUUCUUAAGAAAAUGCAUUAAUGAAACAAUGCCUCUUCAGUUACGAAAUGAGCAAUUGACUUACGAAUUGUCGGAAUUGAACUCUAAAAUCAUUGACCUUCGUAAACAACUACACACUGCUGAGCAACUGAAAUCUCAAAAUCAUAGGGCUAAGAUUGAGGAAUUAGAAAAAGAAUUAAAGGAAGAGAAAAUGGAACGUGCUUCAUUACGCAAACGCUUAACGCGUUGUAAUGGUCAAGUCAAGAUAGAAGAAGAAAGAUCAACUAACUUGGAAGCUGCUUUAAAUCAAGCACAAAUUCAAACAAGAAAUCUAGAACGAACGGUAUUGCAACUGCAAGAACAGAAUGAAAGACUUCAAUGUGACUUCGAUACGGAAUUAAACAAAUUAAACGAAUCAAUUAAGGAGAAUACAGCGCAUUUAGAAGAAAUUGCUGAUGCUCGAGAGAAGCUGCAACUGGAAAAAGAGGACUUAGAAAAACGUCUUGAAGAACUAUCAACUCAUUACACCGAAUCUCUUAGUAAUUUAAGGCACGAAUUGAAUAGCAAAAUAAGUCUUCUGAUCGAAGCUGAGAAAAAAUAUAGCAUAGAGAUUGAUGAGAAGAAACGUUUACAAGAAAUAGUUGAGACCCAGUGCGCUCAACUUGUUGAAGCUGAACUGCGAAACAAAGAUAUAUCUCAGAAGUUACAAGAAUUGGAAACGCAAUCCAGCGAACGUGAAAGAAAGUUAAAAUUUGUUGAAAGCGAAUUAUUAACAGUAAAAUCAGAGAAUAAGCAAUAUCAACAACGUUUGAUAGAUCAAGAAAAUGCAAUAAAAGAAUUUGAGGAAAAAUUCAAGGAAUCUCGAAUGAUUGAAGAGAGACUAAGGAAUGAUCUUAAAAACAAAGAUGAUUGCCUUAGUACAUUAGAAAACAAGAAAUCCCAUUUAGAAAAACAGCUACGUGACAGCGAGUCGAAAAUGGAGCUUUAUGAAGAACAGUUAUCAUCUCUUAAAACACACAUUUUACAAUUACAAGAGUGCUUUGGUGAAUAUGAAAAUAUUAAUGAUCUGCGCGAAAUGCUAAAUCUACAAAAGAAUAAAGUGCAAGAAAUAACACGCCAUAACAAUGAACUUGCUGAAACACUGCAAAGGCGAAAUAUAGAUUUGGAAGUACAUAUGGAAACAAUUGGACGACAAGAACAUGCGUUACAACAAAAUAAUGAAAUUAUUAAAGUACUUUCGCAAAAGGAGGAAGAGCAAGCUAAUAUUAUAAAGUUGUUGCGGAAUAAUUUAGAAAUUAGGUCUCAAAAGGAUUCCGAGUUAAAUAGACAACUCGUAGAGAAAAAGGAAAAAAUUGAUGUCCUCAUUAAUAGUUUAGAUACUAGAAAAGGACAAAUAUCGCAGUUAAAAAAGAUCAUUUUAACUUUAGAAGACCAAAUUCGGGAUAUAAGUCAGCAAAAACGAAACAACGAUGAGAAAAUCGACAUACUAGAGCAACAAAAUCAAGAAUAUAAGUUGUAUAUGGAAGAUAGAAAUGACAAUGAGUCUCGAACAAAAAAUCUGGACACUUUAUUUGAAAUCCUUGAAGAUGAGUUAGGGAAUUCGUUCGAACAACAAUACGAGUAUAAUAUUGAAAAUGACCCUAGAAAUAAAUGUACUAGUAAGCACAUAGAACAGCAGCUUAAACAAGAUUUUCCUUCAAGGCAGAAGUUAUUCGACCCAGAGUAUGAAAAGAACCGGCAAAAUAUUAAUAUGAAUAAUUUCGAAAACAAGCCUUUUAAUUAUAAGAAAGACAAAAAAGAAAGUGUCAAUCGGAAAAAAACUACGCAAUUAGAAACCCUUAAAUGGAUAUCGGGUUGCGAUAGGAAAAAUACAUUUGCACGUCCUAUUCGUGAGACAGUUACAGUAGGACAUUCAAAGGACAAAUAUAUAACUCGCAAUUUGCCUCCGUUUGUUCAAAGUAAUUUUAAAGAUGACAGGCAAUAUAAAAUGCUUAAACUAGCUAGUCAUAGAAUGUAAACUAUAUGGCCAUCGUCUGUGUGUUAUUGUUUUGUGAUUGUUGUUAGUAUUAAUUGCUGAUAAUAAAUAUGUGAACGCCGUUGUAUUCUUUU